AUGGCUUUCAAAAAUGCUGCUUUCCUCCUCCUGAUGACCACAAUGUGCCUCAUAAUGAGUGCAAACAAUGCAAUUGCCAAUGCGAGGAACAUGGCUGCUGGGGGGAUCAAAACCGGCAGCCAAGGCGGUGAAGGCGGCAGCGGGGGCCAAGGGGGCUUAGGGGAGUGCUGGAAUGCGCUUGUGGAGCUGAAAUCAUGUUCAAAUGAAGUGGUUCUGUUUUUCCUCAACGGGCAGGCUGAUAUUGGGACUGACUGUUGCAAAGCCAUUGCCACAAUCACGCACCACUGCUGGCCUGCCAUGCUGACGUCGCUUGGCUUCACGGCGGAGGAGGGUAACAUUUUGCGAGGCUACUGUGAUGCCGCUUCCGCUGCUGGUUCUACUGAUAAUGCUUCUUCCUCCGCCCCGGCUUCGCCUCCUCUUGCUGCUGCUUCCUCCGCCGCUACCCCAGCCAUUUAA